CUGAAAGUAAUAUCACACUGAUAUACUGAAAGCGCUAAAGGAAACGGUGCGACAGUAUACGAGGUUUAGCAUUGUCGUUACAGAUACUAAAACAACACCGAACGACAGAGAGAUGAGCCGAAUGCAGGAAGAAGUAGAGUUGGAAAAAAGUGUCAGGCGACUGAGAGAGAGGUUUCAUGGACUUGUUGAAAUUGACAAGGCUGUAGUGCUCAUGAGACGCUAUGGAAACAAUCAUCGUAUGGUUGCAAUGUGUAUCGCCCUGAUGGAAGACAAUGAGAGGGAGCUGGACGAGGAAGACAUGUCAGCUUUGAAUAAUGACCCUGUAGCUAAGAAUGUGGUUAUGAAACUCAAAGCUGAUGAAAAACAACAGGAAGAAAAACCUGCCCAGCCACCUGGAUCCAGUGGUGCCAGUCAACCAGCACACGUAACGGCCAAGAAAAAGCCCAAUGAUGACACUGAUAUAGCGGAGCUCAGGACGCGUCUACGAGUUCUGCCGUUAACAGAGGAGAACAAACGAAUGUUUGACCAGGCUCAGGCAAACCAAAUCCCUUCUGUCAUUCAUCAGUUUGCCUGCGAGUCAUGUGACAGGGACUGGUGGCGACGUGUGCCUCAGAGGAAAAGGGUGUCACGUUGUCAUCGAUGCAAAAAGAAGUAUGACCCUGUGCCAGCCAACAAAAUGUGGGGGUGGGCAGAGUUUACCUGCCCAAACUGCUUACGGAACUUCAGUGGCUUUGGUCGAAUGGAUGGACGUUCCCCAUGUUACGGCUGUCGCUCAGCCAUUUACCCCACAAAGAUUAUACCACCCAAGAAGAGAAGCAUGGUGCCUGGGCCUAGAAGAAGAAAUCAGCACAGCUGUCUUGCUGAAGACUGUUAUAAUCGAAUGGAGCCCCAUGUUCCUGGUACCGAAUGCGUUCACCCACAUAGCAGACAGAAGAACAGGAAGCCACGUGUGGUUUACCCCAGCCCCGCUCACAUCAGCAGCGGAUCCACUGUCAACACCUGUCUGAGUCAGGGCAGUCUGAUAGAGAGCAUCAACGAGCUCAUUCUAGAUGACAUUGAAGAAGAGUCUGAUGAAGAUUCUGACAGCAGCACCUGAGGCAGCAGCAAACAUAGCUUCAGCUGUUGCUUUGAAUGAAACAUUAUAUAAUUUUUGAUGUAAUUUCAAAUAAUUCACUCAAAGUAACAAAUGUAUUGAGGCCUAAGCAGCCCUAAUGAAAUAUGCAAUGCACUGCAAGCUGUAUGAACACAGUGCAACACCCACCAAACACAGAAUACAGAUACAAUUAAGCAUCAAUUAGUGCACACCCUGAGGUGUGUGUAUGAGAGAGUGAGCAUUUGAGGUGGUACGAAACUAUAAUGCUGUCAACAAACCUGGAAAAGCUUAAUAGUUGGAAUGACUGUCAAUCAGGAAUUCAGCAGCACUGUGAUACGAGGUUUAUUACAAAGCUGAUGUAGACAGACAAA